CUCGAGCAUGGUUGCGUGGUAGUUGCUUUAGGAAAAAAAAAAAAUCAUUCUCCCCCUUCUUAAAAAAAAAAAAUAAAAAAUCCUCACGCUCACUCCGAGUGGCUCUUCUAACCCCAGCAAGAACUGGAGCACUCUUUUCCACCCAACUUGUGAAUCGCACUUGCCUUCUAAUUUGCCACAUGCAAAACGAUUCCUCUGCUUUGCAAGUUGCUUUUUAAGAAGGGAGAGAGAGAGAGGGAAAAAAAGAAGAAAAAAAAAAAACAGCUCGCACACGAGCGAUUUGUGCGUCUUAAACUGGAAGGAAAUUGUGCGUGGAGGGGGCGGGGGGGGGCUCCUCUUCCUCUCCCUGCCCCAGCCCACCGCGCUCCAGCCCGGCGCCGGGGCUCGGGGAAGCUCCAUGGUGGCAUCCCCGUGUCAUUCUGCUCCGAGUGACUUCAUGUGAUGUCAGCCUUAAAUGUACGAGACGGGGAGCUGGCGCUCGGGAAGAUGUUUGCCGUCAAAAUGUGACUGUGGCCGCAGCGCGCUGCUCGGAUGCGUCUCGCCGGCGCUAGCCACGGCUAGGUAGAGCCGAGCGCAGGAGCGAGCGGCUGCUCACCCCGAGUCCCCGGGCGGCGCAGCGCCAUGGCGAGCUCGGGGUCGCUGGAGACGGUCAUGCCUUCCUCCUGCCCCCGGCACGACGGCAGGGCCGCCGCCGCUAACCCCUCCAAGAGCCUGGCCUUCUCCAUCGAGCGGAUCAUGGCCAAGACGUCGGAACCCAAGCCGGCCUUCGAGCAGAGGCAAGGCGGCCCGGGGCCGGAGCCGGAGCCGGGCAAGAAGCCGCUGAGCCUGUGCUCGCCCCUGCCCUGCGUGAUCCCCAUCCCGCCGCUGGGCUACGAGGUGCCCUCCAAGACUCUCCUCAACUACUCGGAGCUGUGGAAGAGCAGCCUGCGGGGCGGCGGGGGGCUCUGCAAAGCCAACUGCGGCGUGUGCUGCAAGGCAGAGCUCGCCCUGGGCCAGCCCAGCGGCCGGCUCAUCAAGCCGCAGGUCAUCCACCAGGCGGGGGCCGUGCCGGCCGCCCCCCGCUCCCUUUACUACUUCAAUUACCUGGACGCCGCGUACCACCCGGCCGACCUGCUGCACGGACAGCUCUUCCCCGCCGGCCUGCUGGGCGCCCCGCCGCCGGGGGGGCUCUCCGCUCACCAGAAGCUUUUCCUGCUGGAAAACGCCAAGCUGGCGGGGCUGGCGGCCGAGAAGCUGCCGCCGCCGCCUCCCCCCCUGGCGCACAAGGAGAGGCUGCCCGGCCACCUGGACCAGGUGAUGAAGGAGGCGGCGGAGCGCGGGGGCCCCCCCAAAGGCCACGCCAAGCUGGGAGGCGGCGGGGCGGCGGAGGGCAAGCCCAAGAACUUCACCUGCGAGGUCUGCGGCAAGGUGUUCAACGCGCACUACAACCUCACCCGCCACAUGCCGGUGCACACGGGGGCCAGGCCGUUCGUCUGCAAGGUGUGCGGGAAGGGCUUCCGCCAGGCCAGCACCCUGUGCCGGCACAAAAUCAUCCACACGCAGGAGAAACCCCACAAGUGCAACCAGUGCGGGAAGGCGUUCAACAGGAGCUCCACGCUCAACACCCACAUCCGCAUCCACGCCGGCUACAAGCCCUUCGUCUGCGAGUUCUGCGGCAAGGGCUUCCACCAGAAAGGCAACUACAAGAACCACAAGCUGACCCACAGCGGCGAGAAGCAGUACAAGUGCACGAUUUGCAACAAAGCCUUCCACCAGAUCUAUAACUUGACUUUCCACAUGCACACCCACAACGACAAGAAGCCCUUCACGUGCGUCACUUGCGGGAAAGGAUUUUGCAGAAACUUUGAUUUAAAGAAGCACGUCCGAAAGUUGCACGACAGCGUCUCCAGCGCGCCGCCGCCGCCGCCCCGGGACCCUGCGCGCAGCGGGCAGAGCUAAGGGCCCCUCUCGGCCCCGCUCCCCGGGCCAGCACUAUUUAUCCGAGCCAGCCUUUUGCUUCUGUCUCUUCCCCAGCGAGCUCAGCCGCCGGCAGCCAUCGGCCCCGGGCCGCAGCUGUACAUACGAGGAGCCCCCCGAGCUGCAGGAGGGGCCGGCGCCAGGACAGCGCUCUUUAUACGUGUCUGUAAAUCUCCACUUUAAAUGUACGCUCGAAUAAGUGAGGAAUAUAUCUAUAUAUCUAACCUAGCCCGGGACAAUAAACCGGCCCUUCGUAGGUGUCUCAUUUCCCUCCUCGGCCCCGGCUCCGAGCCGGGAGCGGGCGGCACGGCGCUGCCCGGGCCCCCCAGGAGCGGCGGGGAGGGCCGGGGCGCCCCCCGAAGGGCCCGGAGCCCCCCCGAAGGGCCCGGCUCGUUCCGGCGUGUUUCGGCCGCUCCCGAGUGCCCGUCCUUCCCUGCAUGCAGAUGAAACGAUCUCACGCUUGCUUUCCGAGUAAUGACCCAAAUUAAGAGAGAAAACACAGACCCUUCAAAGCGCAUUACAUUAAUCUAAUCACUCCCAGCAGGCCUCAGAAACUCUUUUUGAUCAGAAUAUGGAUAAUCAAGCACUUGGAUUACACUAAAUAUCCCCUUCUCGGCUCCCCCCUUCCCCUACCUUUAAUAUGCAAGUGUCUAUUCCGGCCACGUCGUUAGGAACAAUAUUAUCCUAGCGGAGAAACGAGACCGGGGUGGCCGGGAGCGUGCGUGCUGCUGGGGCCGGGCUUGCCAAUGAAGAGGGGAAGGAGCGAGCCCCAAGUGCCCAGGGACGCCGUGCCGGGAGCUCACCUCUCCCCGCUUCGUUCCGCGGCAGGAGGCGAGGACAAGCGCAGCUCGCCGCCGAGCGCACGGACGGGAGCCGACCCCUCGCACCGCCUUUUGGGAUUCGUUACCGGGCGGCGACGCUGGAGCCCAGAGAGCUUGGCUGGCCCCACAGACCACCGCGGGGCUUUCGUCCUUGCUCGGCUUUGGGAUUUUGGCGGUGCCAAAAGUUAGAGUUUUGACGCUUCGGGGCCGGGUGAGGCGCAGGAAGCGAUGCGCAGCGAGCCCGGCACCGUGGUACCGUUUGUUGGGGGGGAAAAAAAAAAAAAAAAAAAAAGAGAUUUGGGGAGAGUUUCGGGUUAAAAAGGAAUUAAAAAAAAAUAAGCAA